AUGGAUUUAUCGUGGCUUGAUCCAAGUAUUGCCGAACUAAAGAAAACCGCUGGAAACGAUCAGUAUAAAGCAAAGAACUAUGGAGAGGCACUUAAACUGUAUUCUGAGGCAAUCGAUUUAUGUCCAGAUAAUGCCAUAUACUAUGGCAAUAGAUCAGCAUGCCUAAUGAUGAUGGGCGACUAUAAAGAAGCGCUGAAUGAUAGCCAACAUGCCGUUUCAAUUGAUCAUAAGUUUUCCAAGGGCUAUGAGCGAAUAAUCAAAUGCUGCUUGGCUUUAGGUGAUAUUAUAGGUGCUAAAGAGGCAAUAAAAAAACUAACCUCAAUCGGAUCAAUGAAGGAUGCAUAUCCUUCGAAUCCUUGCACCCUCUUUACACGUGGUCUCUAUUUGUACCAUAAAACCGAUGUUGAUUUGGAUGAAUGUCUAAAACAUUUUAAGCAAGCCUUCACAUUGGAUUCCGAUUUCGAUAAGGAAAGAUCAAUAUGGCAACAGGUCAAUAGAUUGAAGGAGAUGAGGGAAACUGGCAACAAAUUAUUCAAAGAGGGACAUUUUCGUAAAGCACAUGAAAAAUACACAGAAGCAUUGCAAAUUAAUCCACUGAGCGAAGAUAUUAAAUCAAAAAUUCUAUUCAAUCGGGCGCUCAUGAGCUCAAAAUUAGGAAAAAUCCGUGACGCAAUUGCAGACUGUAGCAGUUCGCUAAGAAUCAACCGUACUUAUCUUAAAGCGAUAUUACUACGGGCAAAAUGCCACAGUGACUUAUUCAAUUACAAAGAUUGCAUCAAAGACUAUAAAGCUGCCUUAAAGAUCAACAGAACGUUCGAUAUUGAAAUUGCUCUUUCGAAAGCGAAAAUUGCAUUCAACACAUCAAAAAUGUCUCGCAAACGUCCAGAAAAGAAAAAUUAUUAUCAAAUUUUAGGAAUCGAACGAGGUGCAUCUGCCAAGGUGAUUCGACAGGCAUACAAAAAAUUGGCCUUAAUCCAUCAUCCAGAUCGUCAUUCCAACGCAACUGAAAAUGUCAAACGCGACCACGAACGAAUAUUUAAAGAAAUCGGCCAAGCCUACGAAGUCUUAAGCGAUUUCCAAAAAAAGGCUCAGUAUGAUUCUAGACGUAGAAGAACGUAA